AUGAUCCAGAGCUGUUCCAAACCCACUGUUGCUCACUAUUCUGUCAGGGCGGAACGGUUAGGAGCUCUUGGCGAGAACGCUCGACUGCCACGAAGCGUACAAGCGAUAUAUUUACGACCGCUGCGCAGGAAGGCGGAAUACGGUCUUCCAGUGUGUGAUCUUCAGCUGCGAUCCUACAGCGUUGAUAACGUCGAGUUUUUUGCGGACUUCGCCAUUCGCGCUGCGUACUACCUCAACCUCCCCGUGUCCGGCCCCGUGCCCCUGCCUCGCCUUGUUCAACGCUGGACCGUACUGCGAAGCAAUUUCGUGCACAAGAAAAGCAAGGAAAAUUUCGAGCGAAUUACCCUUCGUCGGUUGAUUCAAAUCAAGGAUGGCAAUCCGCAGGUAGUGCAAACGUGGCUCGCCUUCCUUCGGAAGCACGCGUUCUACGGGGUCGGCAUGAAGGCCAAUGUCUGGGAACACGAAAGCCUCGGUACAGUUUACCCUUCCCUCGAAAUUGCUUGGAUAACCCAACUACUAACCACCGGUGAUAUGACAGAUGUUGGCAAGGCCAUGGAUGAAUCUUUGCCCGAGAUCGAACAGUCUCUUCGCCCAUACCUCGCCCAAUUUGGACAACGGGAGAACAAGUCGGCAGAGAACGCCAAGUUCGAUAUCUUGGAAACUGGUCGGUUUGCCGAGCGCAACAAUCAAUAG